AUGUCUUAUUCAACAAGUGAUCAACGUAGUCCAAUCACUGCAAUAGCCGGAACUUCAGCAGCAGCAGCUUUGGUCAGUGGAUCGAUAAAUUCACCAAACACUGUUCAUCCAUCUGAAUGGUCAUUGCAACAAGUUCUACAAUGGCUACACACCUUACAACCCACAAGCAUUGCCAAUCAACAUGCAAACAAGUUUCGCGAACACGGAAUCGAAGGUGAUAUUUUGUUGGAAUUGGAUACGGAAGCCCUAGGUGAUAUGGGCAUAACGUCUAUUGGACAUCGAUUGGCAAUCCUGCGUGGAGUGUAUGAGCUGAAGAAGAGAUGGAACAUCGAACUUGAACCGGAUUCAUGGAGACCAGACGUUCAAUCUAUCUCUGAAGGACGUGUGAAUAAUAGCGCUUUAACUAUCGCUGAUCUUGUUCGAGCUUUAUAUGAGCGUGAUGAACGACUUUGGACGCUCGAGCAAGAAGUAGCCAGGUUGUACGAUUGGCUGGUACGCUAUACAGACGAUUCGACACAUUCCGCCAAAACGAUUGAAGCUCUGCGACCUUAUCUACCUCCGUCAAAGCCGCCGUCAAAUCUUUCUUACAUCGCUCAAACCUAUCUUCGAGAGAGAAGAUCUUUCACCUCCGCUUCUGGUAACGGUAAUGGAGGCUUGCAAGUGCAUGGAAAUUAUACCACCGGACCAGGUACAGAUGCAGAUGGUUCAGGAUCCUCAUCUGGAAGAGGCAGUAAAACACCAAUGACCGCUACUGGAUUCCGAAGCGUUCAUGAUACCAAUCAAACUCAUUCACCUUAUGGAUCCGCACCCGGAAAUGCUUCUCAAACAGGUUUCAGCCCGACUACCAGUACACCAGGCGCAACGCCAACAAAUGCACACCCUCCUAUCUCGAUUGCAAAUGAUGCCAGUAAAGCCAACCCGUUAGUGACUACAACCUUUGUUCCGGGAAGCGCUGGAGGAUUAUCGGCUUCCUCGAGCGGUACAUUAAGCGGAUCAUUAUUACAAGCCUCUCCUCCAAGUGCUCUUGGCAGUACGAUAGCUAAUAACAGUAACGCAACACCAGCUUCACUCACUGUCAAUGCCGCCGGAUCAUCGAUUUCGCCAUCUUCGCCAUUCAGCGUCGGAAGUAAUGACGGCAGAAAGGAAAAGAACGCAGAUAGUGCUGGACUUCUCAACACGAGCGGAACGAGUGGCAGUGCUGGAUCGAGUAAAGCGACUGGUACUGGUAGUAGCGGUAGUGGUAGCGGUGGCAGUGCGGCUGAUACACCUUACAAAUCAUUCCGAGUAACUUUGGACGAUCCAUGCUACAAGGUGCUACCUGCCGCACUCAAAAAGUACAAGAUCGAUGACGAUUGGCGACAAUAUGCUUUGUUUAUCUGUUAUGGAAGUACGGAACGUUGUUUGAGCUACGAUGAAAAGCCUUUGCUUUUGUUCCAAAAGCUGAAGGAGAACAAGCAGAGCCCGGUGUUUAUGUUGAGACAUAUCAGAGACGUCAAAUCACCAAUUGCUAUCGCAAGUGCAAAAGCAGCUGCACGCAAGACAUCUACUUCGAAUGGCUCCGGUUCCACCAACGGAGAGAAUGAGGCUGCAGGAAAGUCAUCUUCUUCCAAAUCCGGACCUGCUGCUCAUUUGAUCGAUGGUAAAACGACUGACGGAGGUGGACGCGGAGCAGCAAGUGCGGCAAGUGCUUCUGGAUCGGAUACUUAUGCGAUCGCAAUUUAUCCUUAUGUUUCAGAAAGAGAAGAUGAAUUUGAUGUGGCAGUUGGAGAUACGUUUAUCGUCAAAUCCAAAGCCAAAGGAUGGUGGGUCGUUCAACGUGAUGCACGUGCAAAAGGACAUCCUAUCGUUGAAGGAGUCGUGCGUAAUUUAGAUGGAACGCCUAGAAAUGGCGGUGAGAUUAAGAGUGGUUGGGUACCUGCUGGAUGUUUGUUAGAGACCCGCCAGCCGCUGUCUUCGAUUGUAAGUCUGCCUCAAGGUGAAGGUGGAGACGCAUUGGCAGCUCAAGUUCUCCAUAGUCCGACAUCACCCAAAACACCUCAAGCAGGAUCUAGGAUGGAAGAUGGACAAGCGAAAGAAUUGGCUUCGAUAAUGGCAAGUGUUCCUAUUCCGCCUUCUUUGAUCACGAGUACGAGUACGCCGGGAAUUUUAUUAAUGGAUUACAAUAAUAACGAUGAAAAGCUUCACCUCAAAAAAGAUCAAAGGUUACGUGUUUUCAAGAGGUAUAAUCAUUGGUCUUAUUGUGUUGAAGAAGGUGGAUCACAUACACGUGCAUGGUUACCAAGUUGGUAUAUCGGUAAAGUAGGAGGAUCAUCAAGAAACGGAAGUUCUUCGUCUAGUAGAGCAGCAGCACAAUCUGCAACGUCUGGCAGUGGUUCUGCAAGUGGAAAUAAUACCGUUCCUUUGACGAUAUGAACUAUGUUGGCCUUUUUUUUU